UACAAAGCAAUUGCCAAGAGGACCACUGGUGUUCUCUCUGGAGUCAUGAUGCGAGGUAAAUACUAUGGCUACAGUUUAGGAACUAGAAAAUUGUAUUAUGUAGAUUAGAUGUUCUCGCUUUUUGGUCUCAAGAUUCCUGUUAUUUAGUAUCCUAAAGACUUUGUUUUUGUGGCUUAUUCCUAUUGAUUGUUACCAUAUCAGAAAUUAAAUCUGGAAAGUUUAUUAAACACAAAAACAUGCAAGCCCACAUUCUCUUAUGACAUAAUCACAUAUCAUGUAGCCUCUAGAGUGGAAAAGUAAGGUUUAUUAUUAAAUAAAGGAAAAAAAGUCUUAGUAUUACUAUGAAAGUAGUUUGACCUCCUGGAACUCUAAAAAGGUCCCAGGGACCCCUAGGAUUUUCUGGAUCACACUUUGAGGCCCACUGGUAGAUGUAAAUAUCAUCAACUGCAUUUCUUUAGAUUAAUCAACUCAUAUUUUGGUGCAUUCACUUGUGCAGCCUUAAAAACAAAUAUUUUCCUUUACUAGCAGGUUGUUGCAUCGGUAGACUCAUUUUUGUGGUUGAUGUAUCUGCUUGCAAAAAAAAAAUGUUACUUGCUAUUACAGGAGGAAAAUUGAGCUAGAUGUGUGGUAACAAAUUAAAGCAAAAGAGUUCAAACACGUGUUCUGUGAACUUCUGACAAUCUGCUACUUUGCAAAUACUACAGAGGGAAAAAAUUGCUUUAAAUGGUGCAGCUCGGUCUGCAGUGGAAUGAUUGGGACAGAGUCAGGCUGAGUCAGGCAGAAAGAGGCUUAUAGAGAGAUGAGAGAAAGCACUGGGUAUUCUUGUCAUGCUUUGCCCUUGAAAACUAUGCCAAGACCUCUUUUUUUUUUUUUAAUAAAGAGAUCGUUAUUUCUCGAUUGCUUUAGUGACUCAGGAUUUGCCACUUUCCUUUUAAACACAGGCCAUAGCUACAGUUAUGUUUGCCUUCUUGGUGUCCUGCUUGCAAAAAGUAAUGAGAUAAAGCUGAAGCCCUUUCAUUAGGACUCCACUGCACUCGUUCAUUCUCUAAAUGUUUUAUCCACUUUCUUCUGUUGGUAAACGCCCCGGGUGCUUAGAUCCUAGGCUUCUAGUGUCUUUCUACUGGCAGAUGAAUGCAACUUAAGACACGAGAGCUGCGGGAGGAAAGGUGUGGCAUUCCCCCGCCCCAAGGUUAAAUCUUGCCCGGGCCUUGGCAGCCCAGCGAGUCUCUCGUGAGGAGUCUGAAUGAACUCCGGAGGGAUGGUGACUAAGAGCGGGAGAGAGUGAGUGUGUGGAACAGCGCGUUCCUUUCGGGGGGGGGGACUAGGCCCUCAGGGACGAACACCGAGCCGACCCGAGCGUGCGCCGAGGGCGCUCCGCCUAACUGCCGCUCACCGCCGUGACAAACGCGCCUCGGCAACCCGAGUCCUCCAUGUCUUCAGCCCAAGCCCUGCAGGUCGGCAGACGUCAGCGGACUCGCGCUCAGCCCGCGCCGAUUCGCAUCCCCUGAGUCAGCGACCAAUGGGAGAGAAGCCAAAUUCUAGGCGUCCGCUGCGAUUGGCUGUGCGCCCGGGGGCGGAGGCGGGAGGGGGGCGGCCCUGGGGGGCGGGUCUCGCAUUCGGGCAGUAACACGCGAGGCGUCCGCAGCAGGGGAAAACUGGAGGGUUGCCCGCGGAGGCGGCGGUUAGCCCUGUGCGACCUGGCUCCGCCGCGAAGAGCGCCGCUCGCGAUUCUAGGUUUCCGCGCCGCGGCAGCGCUAGAGCCUCACUGAGGCGGGCGGAGGAGGAGAGGGAGAGGGGCCGGGCCAGAUCCCCGCCCUCCGCACCCCGAAUGGAUGUGCCCGGCCCGGGGUCCCGGAGGGUGGCGGCGGCGGCUGCCACCGUGCUCCGGCGCACUGCUCGCAUGCCCCGCGAAUGCUGGUUCUUACCCACCGCGCUGCUGUGCGCCUACGGCUUCUUCGCCAGCCUCAGGCCGUCCGAGCCCUUCCUGACCCCCUACUUGCUGGGGCCCGACAAGAACCUGACGGAGAGGGAGGUCUUAAAUGAAAUUUAUCCAGUGUGGACUUACUCUUACCUGGUGCUGCUGUUCCCUGUGUUCCUUGCCACAGACUACCUCCGUUAUAAGCCUGUCGUUCUGCUGCAGGGACUCAGCCUUAUUGUUACAUGGUUCAUGCUGCUCUACGCCCAAGGACUGCUGGCCAUUCAGUUCUUAGAAUUCUUCUAUGGCAUCGCCACAGCCACUGAAAUUGCCUAUUACUCCUAUAUCUACAGCGUGGUAGACCUCAACAUGUACCAGAAAGUCACAAGUUACUGUCGGAGUGCCACCUUGGUGGGCUUUACUGUGGGCUCUGUCCUGGGGCAAAUCCUCGUCUCCGUGGCAGGCUGGUCCCUGUUCAGUCUGAAUGUCAUCUCUCUUACCUGUGUUUCUGUGGCUUUUGCUGUGGCCUGGUUUCUGCCUAUGCCACAGAAGAGCCUUUUCUUUCACCAUGUUCCUUCCACUUGCCAGAGAAUGAAUGGCAUCAAGGCACAAAAUGGUGGCAUUGUAACCAACACCUCAGCUUCUAACCACCUUCCUGGCUGGGAGGACAUUGAGUCAAAAAUCCCUCUAAAUAAGGAGGAGCCGGAACCCAAGCCAGACCAUCUCCUUGUGCUGAAGGUCCUGUGGAAUGACUUCUUGAUGUGCUACUCCUCCCGCCCUCUGCUCUGCUGGUCUGUGUGGUGGGCCCUCUCCACCUGUGGCUAUUUCCAAGUGGUGAACUACACACAGGGCCUGUGGGAGAAGGUGAUGCCCUCUCGCAAUGAUGCUAUCUACAACGGUGGUGUGGAGGCCGUGUCCACCCUCCUAGGCGCUGUUGCCGUGUUUGCAGUGGGUUACGUAAAAAUAUCCUGGUCAACGUGGGGGGAGAUGACGCUGUCUCUCUUUUCCCUGGUGAUUGCUGCCUCCGUGUAUAUCAUGGAUACUGUGUGCAACAUCUGGGUGUGCUACACAUCCUAUGUGGUCUUCAGAAUCAUCUACAUGUUACUCAUCACUAUAGCAACUUUUCAGAUUGCUGCUAACCUCAGCAUGGAGCGCUAUGCCCUGGUGUUUGGUGUGAACACCUUCAUUGCUCUGGCCCUGCAGACGCUGCUCACUCUCAUUGUGGUGGAUUCCAGUGGCCUUGGCUUAGACAUCACCACUCAGUUCCUGAUCUACGCUGGGUAUUUUGCACUCAUCGCUGUGGUUUUCCUGGCUAAUGGUACAGUUAGUAUUAUGAAGAAAUGUAGAAAGCAAGAAGAUGCAGAAUUGAGUUCUCAAGUAACUACGUCAUAAUACACGGCUUAUAAGCUGCUUCUUAGAGCAAAAACUGCACAGCAACUGUGCCUGGAUGUAUUUAAUGUUUUAAUAUAUAGAUGUAUAUUCAUGAAUGUGCUUUUUAAGGCUUCAAAGCAGCCAACUGACUACACUCUGUGUUCCUAGAGUGAACAAUACUGUUUAGAGGAGCCAGAGGUGAAGUUUAUCUCGUGGAUUAUUUAUGAAAGCUGUUUUAAGAAUUACUUUGUUCUGAUUCAAAAGUGAACUUGAUUUUGAAAACCGAGUAAUAAGAGCACUCAAGCACCACAUGGCGUUUAUACUUGAUAGCAAGUGAGUAUGGUGUUUCAUAGGUCAAGUUACUUCCCUGUAUCUGAUCAGCCAGGGGCUUGGCGUGGUGGGACUAGGGCUUCCCAGGGGCCAUGGGAUAUUACAGGUCAGAAUAGAAAUAGGUUCUAACAGCAACUGCCUCUAUUCAACUUAAUUCUUACUUCUGUGUUACUCAUGUGCAUUUGUGUUUCUACGCAAUAUUUGCUCUGGUUUGGUGUUCCAUCGUAUUAGGAAUGUGUGUCAUUUCUAAUUUUAAGUUAUUUUUAAAAAUUCAUUGUAUGAAUGUUGUUUCCACCUUGACAAUUUUGUACUUAUGUAGAUUAUCUUUAGAAAUACACUUUUGCUUUAUUCAUAUGCUUCUCAGAGAAGCUCAUUUAGUUAGAAAAUAAGGCAAGUUUUGAGGCUUGCUAAUAAUCUAAAUGAAGAGACCUAAUCAGAACACUUAAGGUAUGUUUUGCCUGUCUUUUAGUCUUCAGUAUGAAGGACUUUUAAUUCUAUGAUGAAAAGUUAAUAUAUGAGCUAAAGAUAACAACUAGCCCAUAUUGUAUUCGUGUUCCCUUUUAUUUCCAAAAUAAAAUGGAAGUCUUUUUUUAAUAUCUUCAUCUCUAUUUAUAGCUUAUUUAUUAUUUGUCCUUCUUAUCCAAGAUAUAGAUUUCAUUAGGACUUAGAUUUGUUGGAUUAUUAAAAGGCCUUUUCACAAACUGAGCCUCUUUUUACUGAUUUCAGUGGGACAGGAACUAGGAUAGACUUGAUUCCUGCGUUUUGUACAUUAAAUCUGCCUUUGCCUCUAAGGGUGGACCAUCUUGGAAUGUCUGCUUAAAAUAAUAAUUGCUAGUGAUUUCAUUUCCAAGGUCCUGGAAAAAUGUUAUUAUGUAAGCAUCGAAUUCUGUAAUUAGUCAACCAAGUGGCUGCUAGUGUAUGUGAGACAUGAAAACCAUUUUAAAGCCGACUUUGUUGCCUUAACUUCAAAAAAAAAAUCUAGGUUAACUUAUUUAGAAUAACAUAGGUAAGCAGUGUGAAUAAUAGUAUCAAGAUUCCAAAGUUGACAUAUUCAUUUAGUAUAAGUGGGAACACUAGAUAGAAGUAAAUGAAACAGGGUAAGUAUAGGCCAUUUUCCACUCACUUUCCUUUCUGAUCAAAGGCAAGAGCAGAACACUAAGGGAAGAAGUGAUGUCAUAAAAGGACGGCCUCUAAUUUUAUAUUGUAUCUUUUGUUUUGCUACGUAGGGAAUUGUUUAUUCAGAAACAGGUAGAAAAGUGGUGUUCGAGGGAUUUUAUUUUAAUGUUUUUUAAUAAAAUGCACUGUGGUACAAUCAAACCCUUCAUGUUACCAAAGCAAUAUUUCCCUGGAAUUUAAUUCAAAGUUCAUGGUCGCACAACUGGAGCCUUUACUUAUUUAAGACAAUAAUAAGUUCAUAUCCUGGUGUGCGGCCAUAUUUACAGAAUGCUGAGCCCAGUUUGUAAGUUGUACUGUAUGCAGUUUUGCAAAGAAGUGAAAGUAAUUUGUUGUACUUUUUAUUCAAUUCUGUAUAGAUUAUAAAAUUAUUUUUAUUAAAUAAAUAUUUUAC